AUGUUGAUGUGCUGUGAGAAGCAGCAUACUUGGGUACUUUUGAGAAUUGAGAAUGUGGUUUCAUAUUAUGUUAUAUUAGGCAAAUGUCAUUCAAUUCCAUGUUUCAAUGCCAUUGACACCUUGUCCAAUUCUCUGCCUAUUUUUGCAGGGCCUUUUAUUUUUCCUCUAUCAUCGUCAGACAUGUGGAGAUUCAAACAGUUCAUGCCCAAAGAACAAAAUGGGCUUGAAGGUCGCAGUAUUGACAUUGGCGAUCUGAAAGUUCAUGUUCGCAAUGUCAUUGCUGAGGGUGGAUUCUCAUGCGUUUACUUAGCUCGAGAAGCAAUACAUGGUUCAAAGCAAUAUGCUUUAAAGCACAUCAUAUGUAAUGAUGAAGAAUCUCUGGAACUGGUAAUGAAAGAAAUCAGGGUGAUGAAAUUGCUCAAGGGACACCCUAAUGUUGUCACUCUUCAUUCCCAUACCAUUUUUGAUACGGGUCGUACAAAAGAAGCUCUUCUUGUUAUGGAAUACUGUGAAAAGUCUCUUGUUAGUGUGCUGGAGAGCAGAGGAGCUGGGUACUUUGAGGAGAAACAGAUCCUUACAAUCUUCAGAGAUGUCUGCAAUGCUGUCUUUGCUAUGCACUGCCAGUCCCCACCCAUUGCUCAUCGGGACUUGAAGGCUGAGAAUCUUUUGCUGGGUUCCGAUGGACUAUGGAAGUUGUGUGAUUUUGGUAGUACCUCCACCAAUCACAAGCGCUUUGAGAAACCUGAAGAAAUGGGCGUUGAGGAAGACAAUAUCAGGAAGCACACAACGCCUGCCUAUAGAGCCCCUGAGAUGUGGGAUUUAUUACGACGAGAACUUAUAAACGAGAAGGUGGAUAUUUGGGCCCUUGGUUGUCUUCUCUUUCGCAUAUGCUACUUCAAGUCUGCAUUUGAUGGUGAAUCGAAGCUACAGAUUUUAAAUGGGAAUUAUCGCAUUCCAGACAUGCCAAAGUACAGCACAUCAGUUACAGACCUCCUCAACGACAUGCUUCAAUCUUCACCGGAUGCCAGGCCAGAUAUCACCCAGGCAUGGUUUCGUGUUAAUAAUCUAUUACCUGAUGGUUUACAAAAGUCAUUACCCGACAGGCCACCAGAAAUGAAGCAACUGGGAACUGACAUGCAUGAAGGCAUUCCAAAGCCUGCAAAUAAGUCUAAUUUGGUGCCUCGUAGAAGUCCGCCACCACCACCUUUAGCUGCAGAACCAGCUAGGAAUGUAUCACCACCAUCACUCAGUUCUGGGGUAGGUGGAGGCGGAGGUCCUCUGGGUGCUUUCUGGAAUACUCAGCAUGCAAAGGAUUCAGUUGUGGAGGACAACAGCAGGCUCAAAUUUGAUGAUGAAGUGACCAUCCAUAGCUCCUCAAGACCAGAUAGAAGUCGUACAGAGAGGCUUCCAGUUUCCCAUAAAAAUAGCCCUCCAAUAGAGGAAAAUCUCCAAGCUCGACCUAUCUUAAGAAAUGUGCAUCGAAAAUCUGUUAACCGGUCUGAGGAUGGCCCUUCAAAAGACUUUGAAAUCAAACUUUUUCAGGACGAUUCAGACGACGGCUGUAGUGAAAUAUCAAAAGGAUCAAAAUCAGAGAAUACACCUGGCUUCCAAAGUGAGGCUUUCAAUGCUUUUGUCACUGAAUUUGGUACCAAUAAACUUAACCCUGGAAGUAGUAGUAAAAAAUCAGGGAAGGAGGAUCUGUUAGAGGCUGAGAUAGAAAGGCUGAAAGAACAGCUGAAGCAAGCUAACAUGGAGAAGGCUGAAAUAACCUCCAAAUAUGACAAGCUAUCUGCCAUUUGCCGAUCACAGCGGCAGGAGAUACAUGAGCUUAAGCAAACUCUUGGUGUUAGAAGAACCCCAUCACCAAAUAGAGAUGCGUCCAAACAUCAGACUUCUCCUGGAGUUCAACCACCAACUGCCCCACCGCUGAGGGAGAAAGAAAGAACAGUUUGGGACCUCCCACACGGACCAUUAGAGAAGAGUUCCCCAAGUCCAGAUCCUAAGUUGUGGCAGGCCUUUGCCGAAGAUCCUAAGCCACAGACAAUGCUUAUGAAUAACACUUCCAAAUCUGUUAGAACAAGAAAUGGUCACCAGCACAAACAGGCUGCUGAAGUUACCUCAGGUGCUAGCUCAUGGGGUUUUGGAACAGACAAUUUUAUGGCAGUUCCCGUCGCAAACUCUGAGAUAAACAUUCCCUUUACUGAAUUGAAUAAUUCUCAGCGCUUUGUUGAACCAAAGAGCGUUGAAAAAAAGUCAACCUCUCAACCUGCAGGAUGGGCUGGUUUCUAAUCUUUAUGUUUUCUGCCAUAGCCGAACUUUCAAGUUUGAAAGUGACCGCCACAGUGACUAUCUUCUUUGUUUUGUGUGAUUGAGAGGCUGAGGAAAGGAAUGACAAAAAUGAAAGAGGGAAACGAAAAAAUGGUGCCACAGGUUUUUUUUGGUGUUGGUUGUGUAUUGUGUAGAUUUGGUUACAGAAAAGAACAAGAACAUGGGACUUCCAUGGCUUAUUGCAGUCCCUAUCCUUGGGUAAGAUUAUAUUCAAUAUCCCAUAUAUUCCAUCAUGUUACCACUUUGUUUUUAUGGUUAGAACAUUCUAAUGGGUAUCCUCGUAAUGAUUCUGUCAAUGUUUUAUGAUAAGAGUAUGGGUAGACAUGUUUCUGGAAGUUUGAGCAAAUGGGAAUAUGAUAUUCGAAUUGGAAGACAUUGUGAUGGCACAGCCUUAAAAUUAGCAGCCUGUGAGCGAC